AUGGCAGCAGGCGCGGAACUUCCUAAACAGGUUCUUGUUCAUUCUCACUGGUUGAGCGAGGGGGUGAAAAUGAGCAAAAGCUUGGGCAAUGUUGUCGAUCCUUUUGCCUUGGCCGAAAAUUAUGGUACAGAUCCCACUCGGUUCUACUUGAUGGAGAAUGCUAGUAUUUCAAACGACUGCAAAUUUUCCGAAAGGGAAAUUCAAAACAGCCACGCUUCAUUGGUCAACAAAUGGGCCAACAUUUGCUCGCGUGUGGGCGGCGAGAAAUUCAAUCUUGAGCAGUCGGUAAAAGAGAAAGAAGCAGGUACUUUCGAUGAUAUCGAGCAAGUGAUUUCCCUGCUAGGCUCUCAAGAGUAUGCCGUCAAAACUUUGGAAUUGUGGCAAAAACUCGCUAAGAGUGUCAAUUCGCUCUACACUGAUAUGAACAAAGAAAUGCGGCACUAUGGGCAAAUGAAGGCGCUCCAGAGAUGGUGGGAAACUGUUGAAUUAGGUAACGAAUUUUUCCAGCAUUGUGAGCCUUGGCGCCAUCAGAGCUUAUCGACAACAGCGGACGCGAACCGCGAAUUGCAUCAAACAUUCGCAAGUUACGCCGUGUAUCUAUGCGCAGAAGCCGGCCGCGUCACCUCCAUUUGCGUAUCGCCAUUUAUGCCAGAUCUUGCAUCGAAGUUCUUGGGAUCGCGGCGUCGUAUCGUGGAUGAUGAUGAUGACGACAUCGUCAACAACUCAGGCCUAGACAACUCGCCGCAGCCCAGAAGAGCAAGAAGACAUGUAUCUUAUACUGAGGAUUCCGAUGAUAAGGACAAUUUAGAUUCGGACCGCGACUCCCAGGAGUCAAAGAUCAAAGAUGUUGACUCUCCGAAAUUGGGCGAGGCAGACCUUUCAGAUGGAGCGCCCCUGGAGCCAGACAACGAAAACAAAGAUGGAAAUUAUGACGAAAACUUCUCAGACGAGGAUGAAGAAAUCAUGCCCUCCAGGAAGCGCGCACGCAAAGCGGCUCGUCGUGCCGAACGCCCGGAGAACGAAGACUCCGAUUUUAAAGCGGACGACGUUUCUGACGAUGAACAUUUGAGCGAGCCCUCUGGCGACGAGUCCGAUUUUCUCACGAAAUACAACAAGCUACGAGAAAAGCAAUUCGUUGCUACUGACGAAGAAGACGACUCCAUCCACAAUAGUUCUCGUAUGAGAAGAUCAAAAUCGCGGUCUCGCAGAGACCGGCUGCGAUCUGAACCUCUGGAACGGAGACCAAAAAGACGUCUGGCAGCAGGGCAUGAUGACGAUGAUGGGGCUGAUGAUUUGGCUGAUGAUGACAGCAUCCAACAAGAGAUCAAUGAUUUGUAUGACUCCUCCCCCGAUGCAUCUCCAAUAAAACACAAGCUCCGCGAACGGGAGAGAAAAAUCGACUACACUAUUCCAUCUCUCAUCACCAACGAAAAUGAAAACGAGUUGUAUGCGGCAGCCCAACCUUCGUCACAGCUGUUCCGCUCUCGCGGAAGAAGGCCGCCGGGCAACAAGUCCGAGUUCCGAAAUCUCUUAUUUCCCACGGCAGGGCCCUUUGGAGGUAGUGACGUAGUAUCACUCAUGGGGCAAAACAUCCCACCUGGAGGCAUCCCCAUCCCAGGCAUGACAUCUGGUCCCAAUUUAUCUAUGGCUUUAGGAAAUGACUCAGAUUCGUCAGAUGAAGAUUUCGCACCCAUCGCCGGAAACCAGGGGAUGCCGGGCUCUAUCAAUCAAGUACCAGGACUCACCAACACUCAGGCAAAAGACGACUUUCGUGGUGGUAGCUUUGUGAACAACACGAACAUCAGAGGUGCUCAGUUGAAUGAAAAGAAGAAAAAUAGUCUCAGCGACACAGACCCUUUGGGUGUUGACAUGAACAUAGACUUUUCUGCAGUAGGAGGCUUGGACAAUUACAUCGACCAGUUGAAAGAAAUGGUUGCUCUCCCUCUUCUUUACCCAGAGCUUUAUCAAAACUUCUCCAUCACCCCGCCCCGUGGUGUUUUGUUCCACGGCCCCCCUGGUACUGGUAAAACCCUCAUGGCGAGAGCUCUUGCUGCCAGCUGCUCAACUCCCUCCCGAAAAAUCACAUUUUUUAUGCGAAAAGGAGCCGAUUGUUUGAGUAAGUGGGUGGGAGAGGCUGAAAGACAGUUGAGACUUCUUUUUGAAGAGGCAAAAAAUCAGCAGCCCUCCAUCAUUUUCUUUGAUGAAAUUGAUGGCUUGGCACCAGUACGUUCUUCAAAACAAGAGCAAAUACAUGCCAGUAUUGUGUCAACUUUGCUUGCCCUUAUGGAUGGAAUGGAUAACAGGGGACAAGUUAUUGUCAUAGGAGCUACCAAUAGACCUGACUCAGUUGAUCCAGCAUUGAGAAGACCCGGAAGAUUUGAUCGUGAAUUUUACUUCCCGCUUCCAGAUCUCAAUGCUAGAAAACAGAUCUUGCAAAUUCAUACAAAACACUGGAACCCACCUUUGUCCCUGGUCUUUGUGGAAAAAAUAGCCGGUUUGACAAAAGGAUAUGGAGGCGCAGAUAUGAGAGCUUUAUGCACUGAGGCAGCCUUGAACUCAAUACAGAGGAAAUACCCUCAAAUCUACAAGUCUUCCGAAAAAUUGAUGGUUAAACCUUCAAAGGUGAAGGUUGUGGCAAAAGACUUUAUGAGAGCCAUAGAAAAGAUAGUCCCCUCUAGUGCGAGAUCUACUUCUACAGGUUCCUCUCCUUUACCGGAAAGAUUAUUACCUCUCUUGCAGGAACCUCUUGAUGAAGUCGCAAGAAAGCUUAAUGACUUGCUUCCAGGUUCUGUAGGUUCAAGUGGCCGAAACAAAAUGACAAACUUGGAGGAAGCCAUGUAUCUUGAUCCUACGAUUAAUGAUGAAGAUGGCGGAUUUUCGAAGCAUGAAUUUUUAAGAAAUCUAGAAAAUUCUCGGAUUUGCAAGCCACAUUUGCUUGUAUGUGGUGAAAGAGGUGCUGGGCAGCAAUACCUUGGUUCUGCUAUACUUAACUUAUUGGAAGGCUUUCAGGUUCAGAACUUGGAUUUGGCAACCAUCUUCAGUGACGUAACAAGAACUCCUGAGCUGUGUAUUGUGCAAGCUUUCACCGAAGCUAGACGUCAUCAGCCGUCAAUUAUCUUUAUUUCCAACAUUGACACAUGGUUUGAAGUAAUGCCGCACUCGGCGAAAGCAACUCUUGCUGGGCUUCUUCGAAAUUUAAGAAGCAACGAAAGAAUUUUGCUAUUGGGUAUUGCUGAAAAAAGUCACAACGAACUUGACCACGAAAUGAAGAUUGCCCUUGGAUUCCUGAAUGGUAUAAACAAAGUCGAUUUGGUCAAUCCUCCCACGUCAUCAAGGAAACGGUUUUUCAUCAACGUCAAAAAUGCGCUUCUCAUGAAACCCUUCGAGUUUUUAAAUGAUUUAGAAAACCGUCCAAAAAGAAAAUUGAAGGUGCUCAAACCUGCGCCGCUAGCCCUCGAUACCAAUUCCACAUUGACCAAAAAGCGGAUAAAGCAACAGGAAUAUGAAGACACAAAGCUUAAAAAUAUUUUGAAGCUCAAGCUCGCUGCUAUUAUGGACCUUUUCAAAAACAGAUACAAGCGCUUCAAAAAACCCAUUAUUGAUGAUGCUCUUCUCCAUCAUCUCUUCGAGCCUUCAGUUUUGGAAAAUCCACAUAUUCCUUACGAGGUUUUGUAUGUCAAAGGAGAGGGGCCUGAACAUGCCGAAACCAUCAAGGAAGUCGCAACCGGGAAACACUUUUACAAUAUGGACUUGGAUACCAUAGAGGAACGUAUCUGGAAUGGUUUUUAUUCUGAAGCAAAACAAUUCAUGAGGGAUAUUCGUAUGAUUGUUAAGGAUGCGAUAACUUCUGGGGAUAGGGAACGGAUUCUUAAAGCAAAUGAAAUGCUCACCAAUGCUCAGUUUGGCAUUGAAGAUUUCAACAAUGCGGAGUUUUCUAAAGCUUGCAAGCUAUUGAGGGAGAGGGAGGUAGAAAAGCAGGAGAAGCUUCUUGCCGAAUACCAUAGAUUGAAGAAAGAAUUUGAGCAAAAACAACAAGAGCUUUUGUUGAGAAUUGAGGACAACCCACAAUCGUCAUAUGAAAUUCAAAAGCCAAUAUCACCAAACCCGAAUUUAAAUGGCGGCUUCGAGCUGAACGGUAAGAGCGCCCAAGACGUUUCCACGGCUGAAGUCAACGACUCAGCACACCAACAUGGAUCAAUCAGCGCACGCGAAGCUGACAGCAACUUACCUAUAGAUACUGAACGGGAAAAUCUUGACUUAGUGGGCAAAGAAAUAUCUCCGGGGGAUAAGUCGUUUGUUGAUUCUGUAAAUGAGACCGACAGUGAAUCCGAAGCCGAAGAUGGAUAUCAUGUGGAAACAGAUCGCCAUCUUAUUCUUCCAGAUGAUCUCGACACUUUGUUCGAAGACGCGAUGGUGAAAGCGACCAAUGGCUUCACUAUUGAGAAAUUGGAGUACUUUGUUGCCCGUCUCAUGGAAAUAAUUUGGGAGGAUCGCAGUCAGUGGAAUAAGAUUCCUACGGUCGCCAAAUUGAAGUCUGAGACUGACAAGAUCCUCAUAUAG